AUGGAAGUGACGAGUUUGUUCCUCAUGACAUGUGACCUCGGGGAUUCGACAACAAAAGAACAAAAACGGUACAUGACGAUAAAUGACGAGUCAGACAAAACCUACAGAGGCGCUAGUGAAGAACUGAUGAGGUUCAAAACGUUCGUGUCGAACCUACAUAAAAUCAGAGACCACAACGACCGUGCCGAAAAGGGUAUGGAAACGUUUACGAUGCGCAUGAACCAGUUCGGCGACUGGGUUAGUAUACACAUAAUUUUUGCUAGUACCGGUCAUCUACUAACCGAAGGGUUGCUUCUUGAGAAACACAAGGAGUUCCUCGCCAGGAUGAACGGAUACAAGCGGCUCCUUGGCGACGAAACUCAUCGCCCUCACAAACAUAUGUUCUUAUCACCUCUCAAUGUCCAGAUUCCCGAGAGCAUCGAUUGGCGAGAGAAGGGCUUCGUGACACCGGUGAAGGACCAAAGUCAUUGCGGAUCCUGUUGGGCUUUCAGCGCGGUAAGACAGCUUCUGUAUUGCUCAACAUAUUUCAGUGGGUGUGCUCAGGUUAACUCUGAUUUACCAUGAAC